GACGGGGCGGCACCGGGAGCUACAGAGCGGUGUUGGAGCAGUGUCGCUGUCAGAGAGGCAGCAGGAUGCAGGAGGCACCGUUCAGGGACCACUUUUGGAGUACGGAUCUGACAAGCACAGUUGGCUAUGACAGCAUAAUUCAGCAUCUGAAUGAUGGCAGGAAGAACUGCAAAGAGUUUGAGGACUUUCUGAAGGAAAGGGCAAUAAUAGAAGAAAAAUAUGGCAAAGAGCUCAUUAACUUGUCAAAGAAGAAGCCCUGUGGACAGACAGAGCUGAACACACUGAAGAGAUCCCUGGAUGUUUUCAAGCAACAGAUAGACAAUGUGGGACAAGGUCACAUCCAGCUGGCACAAACCCUUCGGGAAGAAGCAAAAAAAAUGGAGGAAUUCAGGGAAAAGCAAAAACUGCAUCAGAAGAAGAUAGAACUGAUAAUGGAGGCGAUUCACAAAACCAGGAAUCUGCAGUACAAGAAGACCAUGGAGGCCAAGCGCCUCUAUGAGCAGCGCUGCAGGGAUAAGGAUGAGGCGGAACAGGCUGUGCACCGGAACGCAAACAUGGUUACACAGAAGCAGCAGGAGAAGCUGUUUCUCAAACUGGCUCAGACAAAAUCAUCUCUGGAGGACGCUGACAGGAGUUACCAGCAGAGUGUUACCACCCUGGAGAAGAUCCGGGAAGAAUGGCAGAAAGAGCACAUCAAAGCUUGCGAGUUCUUUGAGACUCAGGAGUGUGAGCGGCUCAACUAUUUCCGCAAUGCCCUCUGGCUUCAUGUCAACCAGCUCUCCCAGGACUGCGUCCAGAAUGAUGAAAAAUAUGAGGAAAUCCGCAAGAGUUUAGAACUGUGCAGCAUUGAAAAGGACAUUGAUUUUUUUGUAAAUUUACGCAAAACUGGAAGUUUGGCACCAGCUCCUGUUGUUUAUGAAAACUACUACAAUACACAGAGAAAUCCAGCUCCUGUGAGAAGUCCAGUUCCCAUGCCUAUAUCAAGGUAAGAGACACAACAUGUACAACUGUGUUGUGGUUUAAGCCCAGCCGGUAACUCAGAACCACGCAGCUGCUUUCUCAC